CUCUCUUCCAGAUUAUUUAUAUGUGUUUCUAUUUUUACCAAAUAGGUUUUUACUAGGAAACAUUAACUAAUGUCAUAUAAUGACACUUUGCAUUACGAUAAACAACACGGAAGGAUAACACAUGACUAAUGGAAAUGGAAAGGGGAUGAAAAAGGUAGGGAGGGAUGAGGGAGAGGAUGAAAAAACUCGGUCGCAUGAAAAGAGAGAAAGAGAGAGAAAGAGAGAGAAAGAGAGUAAAGAGAGUAAAGUAUAUGUAUUGGGGUGGUGUGUUACACAAACUCUGCUAUAAAAAAUCUGUGAUUGUUACGUGUGCAGAAAGCUUAAUAUGGGGAAAUUAGAUAACAUAAAUCGUUAUCGAAAUGUCUGCCCCCUCUAUCUGUGUAAUAUUUGCUCGCAUGCUAAAUUAUUAACGAACACGCGAUUUUACGGUUUAUAUUUCUCACUAAUCGAAAUCGAGGAACGUCAUUCUUAAACUUUACAGUUCAGUGACAAAAUCUAAUUCUAAGUCAGAUUUGUUCGUUUGUUAUUAUUUUUUUCUUUUUCUAUUUUUUAACACCAUGAGACGUAUCCUAUUGAUGGCAAUCAUUCAAAAUCUAUUAGUGAUCUCGCAUACGAUUGGUGGUUUAAUAUGGAACAAAAAUCUUGGAAACUUCGUACCGAUAUUCAGCAUUCAUCCUUACUCGACUCUUCAUCGUGAAUUAUUAUUGAAACAACGGGAAAUCGAGACGCAUAAUUUUCAAGGGCAAAUCAUUGAACUUACCUACUUUCAGCAAAGAAAUAUAGUGUACUUCUAUAAAAAUGAUACCAAGAUUACAGGACUUGUCGCGGACAUAUGGAAUUUGCUGGCUGACUCAUUGAACUUUACAUUAAAAUCAAUACGCACGAACGAAACGUUUUCUGGUAAUCAUAAAGACGAUAUUUUUGACGGUUUGUUAGGUAAACUUCAAAGACAUGAAACCCAUGUAGUACCAAAGAUAGAAAUGUAUUCUAGCCGAUUUGCGGCCGCUGAUUUUACACCUGCACUCUGGAGUACUACACAACGACUAUUCAUUAAACUGAAAUACACGCACGAUAAAAAUUGGAUGCUGUAUUUAUUCUCAUGGAAAGUAUGGUAUUCGAUUUUAAUGAUGUAUUUAAUAUUAACCCUGUUCAGUCACAUAUCGCAAAUAAUAUUUUGUUAUUACGUCGAAAAAAUCAAACAAAAAGCAUACUUCAUUGAUCAUUGUUUCUACAAUUUCGCCAUGAUGUGCAAACAAGGUUGUAUCCCGAAGGAAUUCGAAGGAAGAUCACGAAUUUUAGAAUUAUCGCUCGGUUUGUUCUCAAGUUUAAUUCACAUAGCAUUUUCAGCUUUGAUAUUUACAUACAUGACGCACAAAAUUUAUGUAAAACCUUUCAAAGAUCUUGAUCAUUUGAGAAAUCAUACAAAUUAUAAGAUCGUUACUCUAAACGGAUCUAUUCCUUAUUUAGCAUUUGUGAAAGGUUAUCCAGUUUUGAAUGAACUCUUUGAAGAAGAACGAUUACUUAUCAUGCAAACGGAGAGGGAGAUGUACAGAAAGGUUUGUUCUAACGAGUACACCAUGUUUUACGACGAGGACGUGUACAACGCAAAACAAAAAUAUUUUUGCAAAUUGAACCCCAUAGGCAUGCCAUAUUUUACGACAUGGGUUGCAUCCGCCAUAAGUAAAAAUUUCAAAUAUAAAAGAACGAUAGAUAUAGGCAUCAUAAGAUUGCACGAGAUUGGUUUGGUAUCAAAAUUGAGAAAACAAAUAGCAUUUUACAAUAUGAAGGACGUGGAAUGGCAAAAACCAAAUCCAAUUGAAAUGAAUCAAGUGUCUUUGAUCUUCAUUAUGUUAUCUGGCGCGUCCGUUUUAUCAAGCAUUAUAUUCAUUAUCGAAAAUUUGAUAUUUGUUUGGAAUCAUCGAAAGGCACGAUUAAUUUACACAAAGAAUAAACUCCAACGACGAUUGAUUUAUUAAGAGUUCGAUAUAUUGAUUUAAGAAUAUAUAUAUUUCUUUUUCAAUCGCUCAUCCAUCUCGAAAAUAUAUAUUCAUAUAUGAAUUAUUUUCUUUCAAAGCCUUUUUCUCUCUCUCUCAUCCCUUA